AUGGGAUCACCAUGUUGCGUUUGUGUUUGUGGUGGUUCAGUCCAAGCAACAGAUCCGUCCGUUUCACAAGUCCUAGAACAGUGGUCCCGUCCUCAGCAACAAUCGGAUACGUUUGGAACGUCAGUGAUCUUGUGGUCCUCGAAAUCGUGCUCUUCCUUUGGGUCCAAAAAUGGUAUUCCGUUGAACUUGAUCAUCUGGUCUGCAAUUCCUCCGAACCCAAUUCCCCAUUUGUCGUUGAUGAUCUUGGUCACUCCAACCACAAUCAUGGUUGGAAUAAUGUACCGGUUCGCACCGGUCAGUUCAAACAUAAUCACAACCACCGUCAAUGUCAAGUGUGUGAUACCACUCAGCGCAGCAGCAGCUCCCAAAAAGGCAUAUGUUCCGGAUAUCGUACAAGUCCCCUCGUUUGCACCAGUACACGGGUUGAGUGUUUCCACCAGCAAACCAACAGCACGACCAAACGUGGCUCCUGCUGCCAUGGACGGAACAAAUAUACCACACGGCACCUUGCAACCGUACGAGAUCACAACAAGAAAGACUCUCAACAAUGUUGCGUAG